UCACACUUCCAUCAGCAGCUGCCGACUGUCAGACUGUCAGUGUGUCAGUGCAGCUUAAUGUCACAGGCGCUAGGCACGGAGCUAGCAGCCCCUGGGGGGCGCGCACACAGGCCGGAGCUUGCUUGAUCAGCUUGUCUGCACAGCGAGCUGUGUCCUGUCACACGAGCUGGCACUGUGACACCUUCUGGCACCGUUGACAGCUGUCUGGAACCCAGUGUUGCUAGGUUAGCAGACCUACAUCACCAUGGUGUACAAUUACACCAUUCCACGGCGGCCCCCAGCUGCUUCCUUCAGAGGUCCAGGUCCCUGCUACGCCUUGCCUGGACUCACUGGACAGAGAAAUCACGAUCCUCGAAGCACCUUCUUCAAGCGUCCGGCUUACGUCUUUGGUCUCCGCCCAGUGGUCCCCCCGAACUUCUGCACUCCUGCCCCGUACUUCGUCAGUCCUAAGAUCCACCGAGACGGAAAAGAUGCUAGCAUAGAAUACAGUAUGACGGGUCGGCCUCGCGGCAUCAAGCCCCCUAUGGUACCGGGUCCCGGCGCGUACAGCCCUCUCAUGACCCACUUCACUCGCAUCCCCGCCUACAGCAUGGGUAUGCGCACCCGACUUCGCCGAUCAGACAGCAAUCCUGCACCUAACUGCUACUCGAUGCCACCUAUACUGGUAGCGCCUCCGGUGGAGAGCCGCAUGAGGCGAGCUCCCUGUUACUCAAUGGUGGGGCGGUCCAAGCUAGGCUGCAUUGAUUAUGAUUACGCAAAGACGCCCGCACCCGGGACGUACAACACCACUAACCCUGACGUCUACAAGCUUCGUCCUCCCAUCUACAGCAUGGCCACCGGCGCGAAGAUGCCAGACUCCUCAGGUCUCAAGCCCGGGCCUGGUGCAUAUUCACCAGAUAUUAAACCCUGCAGACCAGCAUCGCCUGCCUUCAGCUUCGGCAUUUACCAUUCUCCCUAUGUGACUGAAAUCAUGGACGACGGCAAAGCGGGAUAGUCCCACGCCAUCAUCCAGCCAGAUUCUUACUCACGUUGAAAUGGAUGGAGACCUCUAUCACCAGUAAAAGUUAUAGAGAACCGAGCUUGACACAGCAAGUCUAAAUUUCAUGAGUAUCCCAUACAAAGCGAAGAUGCCAAAUGAAGACUGUGUGUAUACGAAACGUCAGUUGGAAUUCAAAUGAGGACAAACCUUACCUGCUGCUGAUGGCAUUGAGGAGCUUGCAGAAAAGACAAAAAAACAAAACAAAGCAAAACAAAAACAAACAAACAAACUUGGGUUUAAGUAUAGAGAAAAGAAGACAGUACUGAGUUACCUGUCAGUCAGCCUCAUAAAGGAAGAGUUCCAAGAAGCUUGCAGAAAGUCUCAGUGUCACUUGCUAAGUACCAGUUCCAACAGAGCUCAAGAACCAGCUUAGACUGCUGAGAAAAUUGUUUUGAUUAGAGCUGCAUAUAAGUUCAAAUGCAGACUGAUGAGGAUUUUGAGUACAAUUCUGGAGCAAAUUUUGUAAAUGAAAAUAGAUUUCAUUUACUGAGUAUAAAAGGAAGAAUUCAUUAUUUAAACAGACUUUUGAGAAAGAUUUCGAGCAGUCUUCACAUCAAGAAAAAUAUCUCUGACUUAAAAUUUAAUUUAGUCGUGAGGGAAAGCUGAAUGGACUCUACAGUUAAUAUUCAGUAAGAGCAAGCUAUGGGAAAAGUAGAUGGGUACAUUCGCUUGCACCCAAACUACGCGAGGAAACUGUGGAAAAGAGAUAACAAGGGGGAAAGAUAAGAUGUGAAGACGGUGAAAAAGGUGGAAAGAGAGGAAAAGGGAGAAGAUGAAGGGAAUUUGUAAGCUAGAGACGGCUUACUACAAUGGUCAAGAGAACGUGUUUGAUUAGUUGCUUAACAAUACCUUCUGCAACAUUAACUUUUUUUUUUUUUUACCUCAUAAAAGGCAGGAUCUAAAGGUACAUUAAAUCUUCAUGGUUUAUAACACUUUGACCCAUGACCUGCAUAAAUCUCCAUCAAUGUCAGGGAAUCCGACGGAUCAGAUGGAUCACAGAGUUUUUGGUGAUAAACUUUAGAAAUGGAUUUCGAAUAUAAAUUUUGUAGUCGUCACUAGAAAUCAUGUGAUAGUGUCGGAAUAAAUUUUUGUGUAUAUGUAAUUUUAUAAAAUGGGUUUUUCUCCGACUCUCGUUUUAACUUUAUGUAUACUUUAUGUACACAAAAUAUACUAUUGUACUUUUAAGCCAGUAAUUGCUUUUCUCACGACAAUUUUGGAAAGCCCCACAGUUUAUUUUAAGGAACUCCAGCAUUCUGUAUCUGCAACUGCGAAACCUUUUACAAAUACACAGACUCUGUUCUGUA